CACAAAAAAAUGUGGGUGUAGUUAUGAUACCUUGUUUACAAUUCGCUAUAAUGAAAAUGGGGGUUCCAUAAUACCACCUUCUCGUCUACCGAUAUAUUUUACGGUCGAAGUACAGUACAUUUUACGCUUCAGUUAUAAAGCGAGCAAUUCACUAUAGUCGUUAAAUUAUGCGUACGUACUGUAUAGUACUGUACGUGGCGUGUCUAAAAAGCUGGGUGAAUGUUAGAAUAAAAACAACAAAACAAGAUACGUAGGAAUUACUUUUAUUGGCCUUCCAAGUACCCUCCGCCAGACAUCACAACGUUUGUAAAGCUUCGGAAACGGUGGAAAAAGCCUGGUUUGAGAACUGCCGACUCCCGGCCCGAAUGGCAUAGGUCGGCAAAAUGACCUUAAUGGCCUGUUAGAGGCCAGCAAACAAACACAAAUCCGCCGUGGCCAUUUCCCUCAAUCCGAAGAGACUUGGGUCGAACCGUGGCCGAGCUUCGAAUGGGGGAAAAUGGUUGCGGAGCUCCGACGCCACCUCUGGCACGGACCGCGGCGGAAGCUUGGCGUAUUCCACGCUAGAAGGCGCUUCUAGACGCGUCCGCGUGGCACGCUUUGCGCUCGAGAUGGAUGCGAGACAUCUAUUUGAACGUUAGCCGAAGAUUUUAUACACGUCUCGUCAUUAGUCUCCGGGUAGGGAAGUGGUAGAAGUGUUGCAAUAUUUGUGCUCUAACGACGUCGAUAUUCCAGUUAAUUCGAUUAUUCAUACCGGAAUGCAAAACAAAUUGGGAGGAUACGAAAACGACUGCAGUUUAAUCAGACUGGCCGAAAAUCAUUACAUGAUGAUAGCGCCGACAAACCAGCAGACCAGAUGCCAGAGCUGGAUCAAACGUAACUUGGCGGCGGAUAGCACGGUUUCCGUUACCGACGUCACUUCCAUGUACACCGCUAUCUGUCUGAUGGGUCCCAGUUCCCGGAAUCUGCUGACCGAAUUGACCGACAGCAACCUGACGCCGCAAGAAUUUCCUUUCUUUACUCACAAGCAAUUGAACAUAGGCUUAGCUAGUGGAAUUCGAGUCAUGAAUCUUACUCACACGGGAGAACUAGGCUACGUACUUUACAUACCAAACGAAUACGCCCUUCAUGUUUACGAUCGACUGAUAGAAGCCGGAGAAAAAUACGGAAUUCGUCACGCCGGCUUAUACGCCAUGAGAACUUUAAGGAUCGAAAAGUUCUACGCGUUUUGGGGUCAAGAUUUAGAUACGACCACCACGCCACUAGAAUGCGGAAGAACUUUUAGAGUUAAUUUUAACAAGCCGAAUUUUAUCGGCAAGGAAGCUCUUCUCCGGCAGAAGAGCGAAGGUAUAAAACGAUGUUACGUGCAGUUGGUGAUGGAAGAUCACGAUCCGGAUUACGAUCUGUGGCCGUGGGGACAGGAGCCCAUCUACUUGGAUGAUAAGUGCGUGGGAAUGACUACCACCACCGGAUACGGAUUCACUCUGGGAAAACAGGUGUGCCUGGGUUUCGUCACCAAAGUGAACGACGAAGGAGUUGCGGAAACGGUAACUGGCGAUUACGUGACGAAAAACACUUUCGAGAUCGACAUCGCUGGAACCAAGUAUCCGGCCACGGCUAACGUCCACUCCCCCAAGCUGACGUUCAUAGACUACGGCGACAACGCGGGUUACAUGGCAACCAGAUGAUCCUCCAAGCGUUUGUAAAAAUUUGUAAAAUAUUUUAA